AUGAGGCACAGGGAGAGAGAGAGAGAGUUCCCAUAUCACACAAAUGUCUUUGCUCCUACAACAAAAUUCCCUUUUUCUACUUGGUGUGAUGUGUGGAUUUCUAUCUCUCUAUUAUUAUUGUAAUCUUUUCUGAUGAGCAGCCAGCCUUACCUCUGACAUUUUGCCAUAGCGUGUAUCAGUCUGUGAGCUUUUGUCUCUACAGGAUGUGUCGCACGCUGAAUUAACUGCUAUGUUUUACAUGACAUGCUCAGUCACUUCCUACACAUCUGCUCAAACCAACCCCAUCCCCUGUGAUGAUCGGCACACACUCGACCAGACACGGACAACUGAUAAGGCUUCAGAGGGAAAUUGGCCUAAACUCACAAUGUUGCAUCCUUGAAAACUCAGAGGAGGGUGAUGCCAGCAAACAGUUUGUCGAAGGCUGCAGUCGAACAAAUUCAGCACAGCUCUGCCACAACAGGAAACAAGAGAAAAAAGCGCCACUGUCACACGAGUGAGACCUGCAGACCUUCGUUGAUGAAGAUAUUAUGUGGAUGACAUUAUAAAAUGGAAAUCAUCAAACACAAAACACGCUGUGUGUGAACUGAUACCAUGGAGAGCCCGUCCUCCACGGUGAGGCGACGAGCCUGGAGCAGCCGACAGUGGCCCACUCUGGAGGAACCGGAGGGGCCGUCAUCCCAACCCCUGUCGGCCUCAAUAGCAGACGAUGACGUGUUUUCUGAUGGAUGCUUCACAGGAAAGAUUGAGAACUGGCUUCUUGGUUGUGGGUCAGAAAUCUGUCCAGAGAACACCAGCCGGCUGAGUUUUGAGUCUGCGCUCAAAACCAACAACUGUGAUGAUGACCUGAGCCUCGGCGCUGAUGCUUCUGUAGUAAGAGGUGGAGGCAUUUCGUGUGAAGCAGGCCGUGCACCGCAUCCAUCCCUGAAACGAGACAGCAGCAGCACGUCUCGUCCAGGAUUAUCUUUGCCAUCACUGAGCCUGGGCAUCAGCAUGGCCUCCAGCUGCCUCUCCUCGUCCACCUGUAAAACCACAUCAAGUGUUUCAGAGGUCCUCCAGAUGUGUUCAGAAGAUGCAGAGGAGACACUGUUUGAGUUGGGCUUUGGCUCCGAUGAGCCACAAGUCCAUGUACGCAUCCCACCUCGCUUCUUUACCUUCCCCUCUCAGGCUCAAGGCAUCAACUUCCGCCUCUUUCUUGACUCACAGCUGCGGCGAAUACGAGAGGAGGACCCCAGCCUCUCUCUUGCAAGUCGCUUCAGACAAGUCCAGGUGCUCACAGCCAUGGCCAAUGCCUUUUACUCCCUCUACUCCCACGUGUCGCGCACUCCUCUCCAGAAACUGGCCACCCCGGAGUUUAACUUCUCGUCUUCCAUGGAGAGGAUCGAACGUUUCAGGAGCAGCAUUCGCAGUGAGCCACGCUCUCCGGUGGAGAGGCUGAAAGACACCGUCUCCAAGAUGUGCCUCUACACCGGUUCUCCCAGAGGCUCAGACUCCACCUCUCCGCAGCCUUCACCCAGGAAGAGAUCCAGCAUCCCAGACGUUGUGGAUUUAUUGCUGGUGAAAGCCAAGAGUGGAGGUGGCAAGAAACUGGAUUUUGAGGAAUAUAAGAGGAGCAGCGUUAGUCAGUUAGGUACAAAUGACGGGAAAUCUUGUAACAGGGGGGAAGAGGAGAUAACGCAGCCUAACAUGGAAGACACAGGAAAUCUUCAACAUGCAAAUAAGGGGAUGCACAGCAGUAAACACUCUGCUGAUGCUGCUGAAAACAUCAUCCACCGAACACACAAUGAGAGCAGGACUCAGAAUAGGAAAACAUCUGCAGACUCGUCAGUAUCAGGAGAAACUGUGAUACAGCCUGGUGAUCACUUUUUUUCAUGCCACGACACAAAUUCCCCUCAAAGUGACACAAGGACGACAGCUGAGAUAAAGCCCGUUGCCAGGGUUACUCACGAUCUAAUCUGCCCCCAGAUAGCCGAGAAGGUACAUCAGGCACCCUUCUGUACUCAACACACAGAUACAGAUACAUCAUGUGCAAGUAAAAUACAAGCCCCUAUCUCUGUGCCGGGGGGUGACUCAUGCUCGGGUGAUAUUACCUCUUCAGCAGAGGCCAGAUCACUUCCUGUCCUGGCCCAAAGUGGCACCUACACUCAUUACUGCAUCACUGUGACGGGCUGGGAGGGGGACAACACCUCUGCUUCCUUAUUGAACACACCGGAUUCCAGCAAUACUUUAAGCCUCCCACCAGUCCAUGCAGACGAGGAGCCGGUAAACGAGGGGAAGACCUCGUACCUGACUCCUGUGACACCUCAGGGCCUGGGGUUUCUCUCCAAUAACCUGCAACAAGUUAACUCUUUUGAGCUGGAGGAGGUGCACAGUGCAGGGGAGGAAGAUUUGAGUCAGUCGGACACAACGACCUCACCGUUGUCCACCAAACAUCAAAACAAAGGUGAAGUGACCCGCGGGGACAGCGUGCAGUCAGACAGCAGCGGCUACGCGGACGAAGAAGUCAGUUCCUCUUCAGACAGACACGGCAGAUAACAAGAAACGGAGUGAAUCGACGUUCAAAGGCGACGUUGUUUUUCUCUCCUUUGGAGUGAAGAUUUGUCUCUCCACAAGUCAUGGUUUUGAAAACCAUCCAAGUAAUAGCCUAGAGCCAAAGGAUUGAAAUGUCUUUUUUUUUUGGAGAGGACUUGGUAUUGCAUAAGAAUUUCAUCAGCUCGACACUGAAGGACAGUCCC